UGUUCCGAGUUCACCAUUUUUAUUGCAAUUGGGAUUAGAUAUGGCAAUUCCAGUGAUAGAUCUUGCUGAGCUCCAUGGUGACAGAAGGAGCAAAACAAUGACUUCUCUUCAUGAAGCUUGUGAGAAAUGGGGCUUCUUUCAGGUUGAUAACCAUGGAGUUGAUAAGAAGUUAAUGGAGAAAGUGAAAGAGAUGGUGAAUGGUUACUAUGAUGAGAAUUUGAAGGAAAAGUUUUAUGAAUCAGAGAUGACUAAAAGUUUGAACAAGAAUGAGAAAAUCUCCGACAUGGAUUGGGAAAGUACUUUCUUCAUUUGGCACCGUCCAAAUUCUAACAUCAAUCAAAUCCCAAACAUAACUAAGCAACUAUGUGAAACAAUGGAGGAAUACAUAGCACAAUUGAUUAAACUAGCUGAAACCCUAUCGGAGCUGAUAUGCGAAAAUCUAGGACUAGACCAAAACCACAUAAAGCAAACAUUCUGCGGCACCAAAGGCCCCUCCAUCGGCACCAAAGUGGCUAUAUACCCACAAUGUCCUAACCCAGACCUCGUCCGAGGUCUCCGAGAGCACACCGACGCCGGUGGCAUAAUCUUACUUCUCCAAGACGACCAAGUCCCGGGCCUCGAAUUCCUCAAAGACGGUCAAUGGUUUAGAAUCCCACCGUCGAAAAACAACACCAUAUUCGUCAACACCGGCGACCAAAUCGAAGUGAUUAGCAAUGGGAAGUACAAGAGUGUGUUGCAUCGUGUAAUGGCUGAGAAACAAGGGAAUAGGCUUUCCAUUGCUACGUUUUAUAACCCUGGUAGUGAUGCUGUGAUUUCGCCGGCACCGGAAUUGUUGUACCCGGGCAAUUACCAGUUUGGGGAUUACUUGAAACUAUAUUCGACUACAAAGUUUUUGGAGAAAGGACCAAGGUUUGAAUCGAUGAAGACGACGAUGGUUAAUGGUCACCAUGGUUGAAAAAAGCAGUGAUUUGCAUGGCCUCAAAGUGGGGGGUUUUUUUUUUUUUUUUUAAUACAGUUUUAUAUAUGUUUUUAUGAGUUAUGUUGCUUUGUUUCCUAUCUAAAAAUAUUUGUAUUUGUAUUCUCUCUUUUUUUUAAUGAA